GUGACCGCUCCGAGUCUCUUCCCACAGGAUCCCGCUGCACAAGUUCAAGAGCGUCCGCCGCACUCUGUCUGAGAUGGGUGGCCCGGUGGAGAACCUCCUCUCCAAGUACCCCAUGUCCAAGUACUCCCAGGGGAUGCCACCCGUGACUGGGGGCCCUGUGCCAGAGAUGCUCAAGAACUACAUGGAUGCCCAGUACUACGGGGAGAUCGGCAUCGGGACACCCCCCCAGUGCUUCACGGUCGUCUUUGACACGGGGUCCUCUAACCUGUGGGUCCCCUCUUCCCACUGCAAACCGCUGGACUUCGCCUGCUGGUUCCACCACAGGUACCACAGCUCCAAGUCCAGCACGUACGUGAAGAAUGGCACCACCUUCAACAUCCACUACGGCUCGGGCAGCCUCUCGGGCUACCUCAGCCAGGACAGCGUGUCGGUGCCCUGCAACGUGGAUGGUGGAGGAGGCAUCCAGGUAGAGCGACAGACCUUUGGCGAGGCCACCAAGCAGCCAGGGAUCACCUUCAUCGCAGCCAGGUUCGACGGCAUCCUGGGCAUGGCGUACCCCCUCAUCUCUGUCAACGAUGUGGUGCCCGUCUUUGACAACCUCAUGUCCCAGAAGCUUGUGGAAAAAAACAUAUUCUCCUUCUACCUGAACAGAGACCCAACGGCGCAGCCCGGGGGUGAGCUGAUGCUGGGCGGGAUGGACUCCAAGUACUUCCAGGGUUCCAUGACCUACCUCAACGUCACCCGCAAGGCAUACUGGCAGAUCCACAUGGACAAGCUGGAGGUGGGCAGCGAAUUGACCCUGUGUAAGGGCGGCUGUGAGGCCAUCGUGGACACAGGCACCUCCCUGAUGGUGGGCCCCGUGGAAGAGGUCGAGGAGCUGCAGAAGGCCCUGGGGGCCGUGCCGCUGAUCCAAGGCGAGUACAUGAUCCCCUGUGAGAAGAUCUCCAGUCUGCCUGACAUCGUCCUGUCUCUGGGGAACAAACCCUACACCCUCUCGCCCGAGGCCUACGUUCUCAAGGUGUCCCAGGCCGGGAAGACCAUCUGCCUGAGCGGGUUCAUGGGCAUGGACAUCCCCCCGCCGGGGGGCCCACUCUGGAUCUUUGGCGACGUGUUUAUCGGCAGCUACUACACUGUCUUCGACCGUGAUAACAACGCUGUGGGCUUUGCUGAGGCCACCAAGGUCUAGUGCCCCCCCCCCAACCCCCCGGGGCCACCACUCUUCAUCCUUUGGGCUCUACAACUGACCUUCACAGGCCCUGUUCGCUCGGUCUGUCCGUCCCUCUGUCCGAUGGAGGGGCUGGAGCAUGCACCUGCCUCACUAACGUGGAGGCACAGCCAGGGCUCAACACGGACCCCUGCCUACCCUACAGCCCCCUGCUACCCAGCUGGGCCCCCCAGCGGCCCCUUCCUCCUUCAAAGAAGCCCACCCUGCCUAAGGGUCCUUCCGCCCCAGCUCUGCUGCCCUCUGCACCCCAGGAAGGGUGAGGGAGGGGACCAAGCCUGCAAGGAGGUCUUGGGGGAAAGCGGACCUGACCCCUGGGGUGGGGCUGGGAGGCUGGAAGCUGGGCCGGCCGCCGUGGCUGGCCCCCGAACGGAUGAGACAAUACAACUGUCCAGCCUC